UUUAACAGAUAUUUACGGGUAAAUCGCUACUUUGAAGGACAGCUUCCCUUGUGUCGUCACACCACUUUGGGCUCAAACAGACGCUACAACCCGCGCCGCCUCCGCGCCCGACGAUGUCUUCAGCGGAGGAUGGGGCAGCUCUUAGCGAAUCCAUUGCCCAGCUCUUCUCGGGCCUGGAAGCGCGGUUAGAUCAAGUUGCCAACCAGGUGGAUGCAUGCUUGUUCGAGAUCCUCAGCCUCAAGGACCAACAUGUCCCAAGGCCCUUCUCGGGACUACAAUGUCCUCCCAAGGGAGCCUCCAUCCUGCCGCAACUGUUCCGCCCCGCCAGCGAGGGCGAUCUGCGUCGGGAGGCGUGGCGCGAGGGGCGGCCGUCUCGACACUCCACCUGGUCCGAGGUGGCAUCACUCCGCAAUGAGAUGGUCAGCUUCCGGGACCAGCGGCCCAGCGGGCUGCCACACGCCGAGGCUUUGGAGGUUCGAAAGGAGGAGAAGCCACGGCGCUUGUUCCGGCCGGUGCGUGGUGUGGAUUUGAAGAUCGCCUGGCAGAUCCAUGCGCGGGAGAUGAGGUUGGAAAAGCCAGAUGAAGAGACACGGCCCAUCAUGCGGCUCGUCUACCGUGGACGUUGUGCAUCUCUCUGGGAGCUUGUGGAUGAUCCGGACUCUUCGAAGGCUGCCUGGUGGCUCUCCAUUUGCUUGAAGGUACUGGUUUGCAUCAACAUGGUCGUGGCUUUUCUUCAGAGCGUGGAGGGGCCUCUGUGGAGUCAGACGUUGAACUACCUGGGUAGCACUUGUGACUUGGUCUUCUGCCUUGAGUUCCUCGUGCGCCUGGUCGCCGCCCCACGCAAGAUGGUCCACCUUCAGGAUCCUUUCAAUUGGAUGGACUUCCUGGCCGCCCUGGCGCUGCCCUUGCGCAUCUCCGUGGUCUUACACCCAUACUCCUCGGCGGCCGAGGUGAUCUUGCUCUUUUUUCUGCCGGUCGUGUGCUCCUUAAAGCUGCUCCGCUAUUUUGAGUCCUUCCACUUGCUGAUUGGCGCCUGCAAACGUUCCGUCCCUGCCUUACCAAUGCUGCUGUACACCAUGGGCGUCAUUACCUUGCUGUCCUCCAGUGCAAUCUAUUUGGUGGAAUCACGGGACAAUAUUCCCAGUAUGCCACAUGCUCUUUGGUUAGCCUUGGUCACCGUCACCACCGUGGGCUACGGCGAUUUUGCUCCAAAAUCCACUCCGGGCUACGUGGUGGUCUCCAUCCUCUCAUGCGUCAGCGUCUUAUUCUUGGGCUUGCCGGUGGGAAUCAUUGGUCAUGAAUUCAAAAACUGCUGGGAAAGCCGCUCGCGCGUGCUCCUCACGACGCGCGUGCGGAAAUGCCUGGCCAAGUGGGGCUACACCGCGCAAGACUUGCGCGUGUUGGUGGAAUUCGUGGAUGAAGACGGCGACGGCCACUUGAACCUCUCCGAGUUUAUCGCCUUGAUCAACCAAAUGCGCAUUGGCAUUAGCGCCGAAGUGGCCAUCCAACUCUUCGUGCUCUUCGAUGACAACCAGAACGGAUGCUUAGACUAUGACGAGUUCCUCCGGCACUUGUUCCCGGAAGAGUAUGUCCUGGAUCAGCAGAAGCAAGCCAAGACGUUAAGGCAGUCCAACAAGAGAGUCAGCGAGGCACUUCAGCACUUGGAACAUCUCCGAUCCUCCUUGCGCAUUCAAAACAGUGAGAAUUCGUGAGGCAUGCGGCAGGGCGUGGUCACUUGCAUGUGCAGCGCCGGAUGAUGUUUUUCCCCU